AUGCCCCUCGCCCUCCCCUCCCUGCUGUCGGCAGCCAGAAGAGAGGAAGCGGACGAACAAGGACAGAACUGUCCCAUCUGCCGAACUUCGCCAUCCAGCUGCCCGGAUUCCGGCUCACAGACCGGCAAUACGGACUCCCGAGACAAGAGACUGCAGACCCGCGAGCAUGGGCCCCGGCGCGGCCCCUUUCCCCAGGGGGUCCUGGGAGCCGCUUUAUCCCCACUCUCCACGGCGCUGCGAGCGCCCGCGGCUCCGGUUUCAGAGUGGGAAGCGGCUCUGCGCGGAUCCAGCACAAAGAGGCCCCUGUCCCCGCGGCGGAGCGGAGGCGCAGGCUCCGGAGGGAGGGAGAGGGAGCCUCGGCAGCCCCCAGUGACGGGGCGGCGGCAGCGGGCCGGCCCCGAGAGGCCGGCGGCGGGGCACCCACCGAAGCUUAGAGACGCAAAGAGAGCGAAGCUCCGGCGAGGGCUUCUCCCGUCCCUCACGAACAACCCGCCGGGACCGCAGCCCCGCUGCCCUUCCCACCCCCGCGCGCCGCCGCUCCCGCACCUACCGGGGGUCUCCGCUGCGCCUCCAGACGAACCGCGCCGAGCCGCCUCCCAGUCCCCUCCUGCCCACAGCCAGCGCCCAGCCGGGUACCGCCUCCCCCACCCGCCCCCUUUCCAUGAGGAAAGUUUUCCCUCACAAUUGCCAGCGCGUCCCGAGACACGCUGCCCGCCGAGGGAAGGCGGCGCCGGGACCAGGAUGGGUUCUGCUGCCAGGACCCCCAGCACCCCACGGGGCACAGAUCCGAAAGGCGCGGUGCCCGGGGUAGCGAAGCCCGCAGCGGUAACCCCGCCGCUUACCUCGCAGGCGGCGCGGCGGGACGGUCGGCGGGCAGCGGCCACCUGGGGAAGGCGCGGGUUGAGCCCUCCCCCUAUUUCAGCCUCGGGACUCGAGGGUCCCACCCCGCCUCCAGCAGCUCCCGUGGGGCGGGCCCCGGCUCGGGGUGCUCCGAUGGCAGCGGCGGGGCAGCUUCGGCGCGGCUCGCGGCUCCCGCCUCCCCGCCCCCGCCACCCGGCCCUUGAUCCAAUUAACGGGAGCGGGCUCUGCCCAGGCAGGUGGGGUCGGAGGAGGGUGCUGGGAGGGCAGCUCCGGCUCUCGUCGUCGUCCCCCCCCCCACCUCCACACCGGGGUGGGCCUGGAGCCGCGGGGUGA